GGAAAGGGAGCUGGAGAAUGGAGAGUUACCAGCCUGCCUGCGGCCUUCUGGGAGCUGUAGUUUGCACGCCAUGAGGCUGCGGGGAACUGUAGUGUGGUUUCGCUUGCCCUGCCUGCGUAAUGGCUGCUUGCUGGAAGAGCAUGAAAUAAAGAUCUGCCAGAUGGACUUUUAUUUCUGCAAUUCCAGCCAACAUUCACAAAGUCUGGCUCAAGAUGAAGAAAGAGGAGAACCCAAAGGGAGAUCAGUGGAGCCACUAGAGAGAAUUGGUGUGCGCACUGACAUAUAGAGAUGGCUUCAAAGCUAGUUUGCAACAGGGAAUGAAGAUGAAUCCACCCCUAUUGGUUUCUUACAGAUCUGACAAGCAUCUGUAGUGACCUGUGAAUUCAUCAGUGAAGCAAGAUGGUGGCCUUUAACUGGAGGGCUUUGGAGAAUUUCCCCCUGUUGAUGUACAUUUUAGCUGCUAAAACAUUAAUUCUUUGUUUGGCUUUUGCUGGUGUAAAAAUAUACCAGAGAAAAAAGAUUGAAGAAAGAAUGAAAAAAGAACGUGGGGAAAAGCUGAAAAAGGAAGCAGACAAGAAGGAAAGUUGAAGCUUUACAUGAGACUUCUUGACACUUGGCAGCUUGCUUGGACUGUGCCUGGGAGAACUGAAUGAUGUGUGCGAAGGAAUAAAACACUCCACAAAGUAAUUCUUUCUUGAGCUGGAUAUUGACUUUUUAUACACACAAAAGGCAUAUUUAGGGCUUUAUUUAUGCAAUAAAGAUUCCUUUGUCAAA